AGGGCUCCGGUCUCGGCCCCCACCCAAACGUGACACAACCGCGUGGGCGCCGCCAUCUUGGGAGCGCUCCCGGCCCUUCCGGCGCGGCAACCGCGGGCGCGGCGCGAACGUUCCGGGGAGAAAAGUUCCGGGCAGCUCCUUCCCGCGCGGACGCUCAUUUGCAUAACCCCGCCUCUCACCCGCUGAGCGCUCCCCGCCGCGCUUAUUUGCAUGCCCCGCCCCUCGUGGGCGUGGCCGGCCCCGGCAUGGCGGAGCGGGAGGAGCGGCGCUUCGUGGAGCUGCCGCGGGACUCGGUGCGGCUCAUGGCCGAGAGCGCCGGCGUGGAGCUCAGCGACGAGGUGGCGGCGCUGCUGGCCGAGGACGUGUGCUACCGGCUGCGGGAGGCCACGCAGAACAGCUCCCAGUUCCUCAAGCACACGCGGCGCCGCCGCCUCACCGUGGAGGAUUUCAACCGAGCGCUGCGCUGGAGCAACGUCGAGGCCGUGUGUGGCUGCGGCUCGCAGGACUCGCUCCCGUUCCGCUCCCUGCGCGACUCGGAUUUGUUUUUCCCCGAGGACCGCGAGGUGAACCUGCUGGAGCUGGCGCUGGCCACCAACAUCCCCAAGGGCUGCGCCGAGACCGCCGUCAGAGGUGGCACCCCAGAAAUGUCCUGGGACCCCAAAAAUGUCAUGAUGAAUUGGGCUGGACUGGGCUGUACUGGGCUGACCCGGGCUGACCCUGGCUUCUUCCCAACCCCACCCUCCCACCUGGCCCAGGUGAAAUCCGUCAGCCACGACCUGGAGCAGCUGAGCCGGCUGCUGCACCUGGCGCGGAGCCUGCUGCAGAACCCCUUCCUGUGCCUGGGCUCCUACGUGGGCAGCCUGAUGGGCUCGGUGCUCUACUGCGUGCUGGAGCCGCUGGCCGCCUCCAUCAACCCCCUCAACGACCACUGGACGCUGCGCGACUACGCUGCCAUGCUGCUGGGCCGCAUCUUCUGGAGCCACGGGGAGUUGGUGAGGGGGCUCUACCAGCAGAUCCUGCUCUCGCUCCAGAAGGUUCUGGCGGAUCCCGUGCGGCCGCUCUGCUCCCACUACGGGGCCGUGGUGGGGCUGCACGCGCUGGGAUGGAAGGCGGUGGAGCGGGUGCUGUACCCCCACCUCCCCACGUACUGGCCCAACCUCCAGGCUGUGCUGGACGAUUACUCCGUGUCCAACGCCCAGGUCAAGGCUGACGGCCACAAAGUCUACGGCGCCAUCCUGGUCGCCGUGGAGCGGCUGCUGAAAGCCAAGGCUCAGCAAGCCCCGGGAUUUGGGGGUCCCGAGGGGUCCCCCCGGCACAGCCCCCCCGGCCAGGACCCCCCCCCCGAGCCGGGCUUGGGCCGCCCGGUGUUACCGGGGGGCGGCGCCGCCGCUUCCUCCUCCUCUUCAUCAUCAUCCUCCUCCUCCUCGCCGUCGCUGCGGGACAUGUACCGCGAGCUCUACGACUUCUUCGGGGACAGCCUGGCCGCCCGCUUCGGCACCGGCGCCCCCGCCGACCCCCCGAGCCCCCCGGGCGCGGCCGAGGGCGCCCGCAAAGAGCCCCCGGCCGAAGGAGCCGCCCGCAAAAUGCCCCAGCUGACCAACGCCACGGUCAGCCCCAGGGACGAGGAGCCGCCCCCGCCGCGGCCCCCGCUGCCCCGGGCCCCGGGCCCCCCGCCCCGGCCCCGCGGGACCCCCCGCGCCCCCUCCGGCCACCGGCCCGGCGCUCGGGACGUGUUCCAGAAGUGUCGCUUCGCCCCGCGGGGGCCUCCCCGCUUCAGCUUCGUGAUCGCGGGCCGGCAGAGCGGGCGGCGCUGCCCCGGCAGGAGGUUCCAGACGAGCUUCCCGCAGCCGGCCGCGGCCGCGCUGGGCUCCCGCUACGCGCAGCGCCUGCCCAUGAUCGGCCGCGCCGGGCGCGCCCCGCGCCGCUGGCCCCGCGCCGAGUACUCGCUGCUGCUGCUGCUCUGAGCCGGGGGCGCUGGAGGGGGCGCUGGGCAAUAAAGGGGCAUUGAAGAGUGUCUGGUGGGCAUUGAAGGGGGGGCAGGGGUCAUUAAAGGGUGUCUAGUGGUCAUUAAAGGGUGCCCAGAGGGCAAUAGAGGGUGUGGUGGUCAGUGGAUGGGGGGGAGUGGCUGUUAAAGG